GACUCGGCGCGCCGGGCGGCCCAGCGCAGAGCUGUUUCCUUCCCUCACGCAGCGGCGCCCCCGCCGAGCCCCCAAGUCCCGAGCCGGAGCCCCCAGCCCCGCGGGCGCCAUGCGGGAGCAGCUGCUGUUGUUCUGCAACUGGAGCACGCUGGGCGUGUGCGCCGCGCUCAAGCUGCCGCAGAUCUUCGCGGUGCUGGCGGCGCGCAGCGCGCGGGGCAUCAGCCUCCCGAGUUUACUUCUGGAGCUGGCGGGUUUCCUGGUGUUUCUCCAGUACCAGUGUUACUAUGAGUACCCGCUGCUCACCUACCUGGAGUACCCCAUUCUCAUCGCACAAGAUGCCCUCCUCCUGCUGUGUGUCUUCCAUUUCAAUGGGAACGUGAAAGGGGCAGCACCCUACCUCGCUGUGUAUCCUUCCGUCUGCAUCCAGGAAUCGAUGGGACGAGGUGUUACCUGCUCGCAGUCGCUGGGUAGAUUCGUGGCCUCGUGGUUCGUCCUUCCCCUGCAGAAGUGGAUCAUAGAUCUGGCCAUGAAUCUAAGUACUUUCAUCAGCACGGCCAGCAAGUUUGCUCAGCUCCAGUACCUGUGGAAGACGCGGGACUCGGGAGCCGUGAGCGCCCUGAGCUGGAGCCUCGCUUCGUACACCUGUGCGAGUAAGAGCAAGAUGCCAGGGGAGGGGCGGAUUUGGGGGCAUCGCGGGCGGCUACCCAGAAGAGUUUAUCACCUUGGUGCCCACCUGUCACAGGCCCACAAGCCUUAAUCCUUUGCACAUAGCUAUUCACGUAGAACCUCCAUAGUUACGACUCUGAUAUCACGCAGACUACUUUCCAUUCUCUGCAAGAUCCAUAUUCCAGUUGCUAAAGAAAAAAAAUGUAAAAGCACACCUUUCUCCAAAAAUCUGGCCUAAUGGGCGCCUGGGUGGCUCAGUCGUUAAGCGUCUGCCUUCGGCUCAG